GUGACGUCACGCCGGGUACUCUGCGGACCGGCGGCCCCGGGGACUCGGCUCCGCUUCCGGUCGCCGGGCGGGACGGGCCGCCCUGUCAGAGCGGCCGACUCGGGAGCCGCUGCCGGCCCCGCCAUGACCCGGUGGGCUCGGCGAAAUGGCCCUCCCGGAGAGAAGGCGCUGGAGGCCACCCCGUGGGAGGAGAUGGCGAACGGCCCCGAGGGGCGGGGGGGCCGGGCCGGGCCGCUCUCCCUGAAGAAGGAGCAAGAGAAGAGGAAGAAGAAGAACAAGAAGAAGAAGGACUACCUGAACGAAGACGUUAACGGGUUCGCGGCCUACCUGGAAGAAAGCUCGCGGGGUGGAAAGGUGGCCGAGGCAGACAGUGCUGAGUUGGAGAAGGACGUAGCAAUAGCCUUGAAGAAGGACAAGCGGCGGGAGGAUAGAAGGCUGAAGAGGCAAGAAAUGAAGAAAAAUGCCAUGGUAUGUUUCCACUGUAGAGAACCUGGCCAUGGUGUUGCUGAUUGUCCUGCAGUACUUGAAAGUCAAGAUAUGGGUACAGGAAUCUGUUACCGCUGUGGAUCCACAGAACAUGACAUCAGCAAAUGCAAAGCAAAAGUAGAUCCAGCUGUUGGGGCGUUUCCAUAUGCAAAAUGUUUCAUCUGUGGUGAGAUGGGGCAUCUGUCAAGGUCGUGUCCAGAUAAUCCCAAAGGAUUGUAUGCCGAAGGUGGCUGCUGCAAACUUUGUGGCUCUGUGGAGCAUUUCAGAAAAGACUGUCCGGAAAAACAGAACGCAGAUCAGGUUACGGUUGGGCGAUGGGCCAGUGGAAUGAGCGCAGAUUAUGAAGAAAUUACGGAAACACCAAAGCUGCAAAAACCAAAAGUGAAAGUACCCAAAGUCGUUACUUUUUGAAGGCCUCUUGGCUCUAAACUACAGUUAGCCCGUGCUGCUUCACUCCAGAGUCAGGACUGCACAGCGUGGACUGCUGGUUCCAGAAAAUCAAGCGGACUGUUGCAGCUAAAUUAUUAUUUUUUUUGUACUCUCCAUUUUUCCAGUUUGCCUCCCAGGCUCACCUAGCUUACCGGAAAGCUGCAAACAACAGAAAUGCAGCCAACUGGGUAUUUUAUUUUUGUAUAUCUCUGCUGUAAUAAAGCCUUCCCUCUGAUUCACAUUCCUUCUCACUACCAGCUCGCUGGAGAGGAGAAUUGGCUGCUUCUUGUAAUGGGGAUCUGGUUCCAGUAACCAAACAGGGUAUCUGUGUUUUAUCACAGACGUCUGUGACCACUGGAUUUUGGUGGUCAGUACUGUUACCUUAGGAGUGCUGUUGUUACUUAUUGGAGAUAAACACAGUCAUACUGGUCUUAUUAAAAGCAUUUCUCUAUUUCUCUGAAAGGCACUGUGGGUAUUUUCUGAAGACUCUUGUUGGGUUCUGGUUUGGUUUUGCCCUUCUCUUUUUAGAAAGAAUGAUUUCUUGCCCUGUAUGUGCAAGCUUUGAGCAGUCUUUUAGUGAAGUUAUCAGGUAAACGCUACAGCCUGUAGAGUUUGGGGUGCAAUUACCACUACUCAGCUAAAUAUGUACAUGCAUUAACCCUAUUGUUUAUGCAUGUUGGAUUGUUUGAGUAUUUGUUCACUAAUAGAAACAGAAUCAUGCCCUUCCUCUGAUAUCUGUGGUGAAACAUACCUGAAAAAGAAUUGGAGGGCAAGUGAGCAGCUUGAUUAGUUUCUUUACUUUUUUCAAGGAAAGUGCUCAAAAAAUCUUUGGUGUUUCUGUCCCUUGGUAUGUUGGCAGUAAACUUUGGUUUGUAUUACACACGCCUGCUUAAUGGCAGAUUUAUUUAUUUAUUUUUAAAUGGAGACUGCAGCCUUGGAGAAUCUGACACAUAUUAAAAAUAAGUUACAAACUUAUGGAGUUCCUGCAGUGGCUCAGGAAUGGAGUAACUCCAGGGUCUCUGUGCCGUGCCCCACUGUGCAGGGCGGGCAGGCACCCACCACCCCAGGCAUCUUGGUCUCAACUGCAGCUCUGGUGGCCAUUGGAUAAAUGCGGUACUUUCCUGUGCCUAAAAUCUGAAAUGUGCCUUCUAGAAACUUCAGCUUGUGUUGUACAGUAAUGAGCAACAGUCCUUGGGGGAGAGCUACACCGUGGUAAAGCUAGGGCUUCUAAAGAAUUAAUUUACCUUUUUAAUAAACGUCUUAAUGGUACAUAGACCGCCUUGGUGAGAAUACCAAGAGAGUAAACUUGAGCUCAGGACCAGGUUUUGAGGUGCUUAGGACCUGCCACUGAAACCAUGGGUUGGGAACGUACUUUUCUUA